AUGUGGGUAUGGGUCUCCCAUGAAUUUGACAUAUGUAAAAUAGCUCAAAAUAUUGUUAGGCAAGCCUGUCAAAAAGAAAACAAAAAUAAUGGUGGGCGAGCACAAAAUAUUCUUGGGCAAGCCGAAAAUAUUGUUGGGAUCGAGGAGGCGCAACAAAAAUUAAGAGACAAAAUUCGAGGGAAGAAAUAUUUACUAGUGUUGGAUGACGUGUGGAGUGAAGAUCGUGAAUUGUGGAUUCAAUUGAAACGCUUAUUGAUGGAAGGAGGACAUGGUAGUAAGAUAAUUGUCACCACACGUAAUAAAAGAGUGGCAAACAUAAUGAGCGCAUAUCAACACGUUGUAUUGGAAGGUUUAGACUUUGAAAGAUCUUGGAAGCUAUUCUGUCAAAUGGCAUUUGAUGAGGGAACAGAGCCUCGUGAUUCAGAAUUGGUAGACAUUGGAAAGGUCAUUGUUAAAAAAUGUGGAGGAGUUCCCCUUGCCAUAAGAAGUGUUGGUAGCCUCUUGUUCUCUCGAAAGUGGGGGUAUAAUUAUUGGCGACAUAUCAGAGAUGUUGAGUUUCCAAAAAUUGAACAAAAGGAGGACAAAACCUUAGGGGUUCUUAAGUUGAGCUAUGAUUAUCUUCCCUCUUGUUUGAAACACUGUGUGGCAUAUUGUUCAUUGUUUCCAAAAGGUUAUCGGUUUGAAGAAUCUCAACUCAUUUGGUUGUGGAUGGCGGAGGGAUUUAUUCUCUCAGAUGACACUAGAUGUGAAGAAGAUGUUGGACAUGAGUACUUCAUGGAUUUGAUGUCAAAAUCUUUCUUUCAAGAUGUCGAAAGGGAUGUCUUCGGAGAAAUAUGGUGCAAAAUGCACGAUCUUAUGCAUGACUUAGCACAUUUGUUAGCUGGAAAUGAAUAUGCUGUUCUCAGAGAAGGAAAAGAAGCUGACAUAAAACAGAGAACCCGCCGUCUGUCCUGUCAUUUUCCCUUAAUUUCUGCUAGUAAUGUAUCAUCUUCUUUGACAAAAGGAGUUAAAAUAAGGACUCUUCUUUGCACUGAAGAUUACACAGAAAAUUAUCCAGGCUCGUCAGCUUUUGGUUAUGUUUUAAACCUGAAGUGCUUACGUACACUAAAGCUUUUUAAUUUGGACAUUGAAGAAAUUCCAGAAAGUAUCAAAGAGUUGAAGCAUCUGAGAUACCUUCAACUUUCAAAUUUUCCCUGGCUGCAGAAGCUCCCAUAG